CCCUGCAGUGUAAGCCCUGAUACAGAGGCCAUGGUGCAGGAUGGCAGCUGACUCCCCAAGAGUGGGGCAGGAACCUGCAUGUAACCGUUCCCGUACCGAUAACACCAGAGUGAUCAGUUAACUGUUUAAAUGGUUAUUCUGUUACAUCCCUAGUCAGCACUUGACUCGUUAAGCAAAACAAGGCCAAUGCCUCAGUACGCACAUAUCCCUUGGGCUGGUGCAGCCUGAAUAGGCACAGUGGAUACCAGCCACAGACUGAACCUUCUUGAGGUCUGGCUUUGAAACAGCGGGUAAUGGUGCACCAUGGGUGCUGCUAUUGGUCAUGCCACUGAAACGAUGCUCCCAAUCAGAAGGGUUUCAUUAUGUGACUUCAAAUGUCUCCUGCACAAAUCUUAAAUGGUGAAUGAAAAUGGAAGAAAACUUAUUCAGUUCAUAAUCAUAAAACCCCAAAUAGGAUAAGGAUCUUUUAGUUACUGCUUGGGAGGGAGUUACCAAAAAUUUCAAUCCAAAUACUAGUUUGGAAGUCAAUUUUAUCUAGUAUAGGCUAAAGUAUUCUGCUGUAUAGCUGAGUAAUUUACCUUGCUAAGAUCAUGCAUAGGGUUCAAGGGUUAUAUAUUUGGAAUGAGUAAAACAAAUGAGGAAUCCUGUGGCACCUUAAAGGCUAACUGAUUUAUUGGGGCAAACCACUUUGUCAAAUGCAUGGUAAAAUGUGUGUGUGCUGAUGCAUUGGCCUUGUUGGCUUAAAGCCUGAAGUUCAGGUGUUGAUAUAGCUGCCAUAUUUGAAACAUUUUUCAUUAUGCUGCAGUUGCAGACUAACAUGACUAUACUGAUUCAUAGAAUGAAAUGAAACAGAUAUACAUGAAUAUGUGUAAUUUUUUGCAUUACAUAACCACAUUUCACUCUUUUUUCCUAAUGUGAUUUACUGACACAGUGGUAGUGGAUACUCUCUUCGAAGUAAGAUUAGAAGUGAAUGAAUUAGAAUCAAUUUAAAUCAUCUUUCUAAACAAGUGGUUAUAUAUUUGCUUAUAGCAUGAUUGAAACUUUGUUCUGCUCUGGCUGUUCAAUGACCCUUGGGAACAUCUACAGAUGCACCCCAAAACAUCUUGACUAUAAGCGAGAUUUAUUUUGCUUCAGUGUUGACUCAAUUGACAGUUACAUCCUAGGAUCCUCAGAAAAACAAGCUAUAACUGAUGAUGAACCUUUAACUCUUGAAAGUCGAGCUGGCUUAGAAGAAGCACUGGAAAGGGCGGAAACCAUACUGAAAGCACUUGAGGCACGCCUGUCUAUAGUUGAAUCAAGCUUUGCAUCGCGUCAUAACAGCUGAAAGAAACGUCAUGUAUGUAUCUUAUCACUGGGACCACAUGCUUUCUUAAUCUCUAGAAUAUUUUGGCAUCCUGCAAAAGCCUUCCAGUGACUGAUGCAGUUUUUGCGCUAGUCUUUCUAAUGGAACAACAGUGAUUUGUGGAUGAUGUAUGUAAAAUUUAAAAAAUUCCCUCCUGCUGGCAUAAAUCCAUGCCACCUUUAUAUUUGAUAUUUUUUUUGUGUGUCUGCCCAGGCUCUGGGCAACUUCCUGAAAGGGUAGUUAAAUAGGUUCUCCUGAAGCUGGCUAAUGCUGUUUGGAAUUCAUCUUAUGGUAUAACUUAGGUUGCCCUUCUGUUGGUAUCUGAGAAUCAUCCAAAAUUAUCUGCUGAACUGACGUCUGUUAAAUUUUUAGCAACUAAAGUAACAAGCCAGCCCUGAACUUUCUUGGAAAAACUAUUGGAUUGUUUGUCUUUUUUAAAUUUAUUUUUACAGCCUUCCCUUGACCUGUGCUGCACAGCAUUGAACAGUACGAUGCAAAUGUAGCAGGUUCUGCAUUCUAGCUGUGGCCAGAAUUUGCUAACUUUCUUUACUGGAAACUUGAAAAAACUUUGCAUUGUGGAAAAAAUUUAGUUAUUGCAGAGCUUAAAAUAAUUAUGAAAAGUCCUUUGACCUUGUUUGAGAUGAGGAACAAGUUUAACAUGUAUACUUAACUAAAUAUAUUGAGUUUAUCUUAUACUUUAGUGCUGUAGUCUGGAUUAAUUUGUGCUGAUACAUUUUGUAAUUCUUUUUAUUUAAAGGGUUGUGCUCUAAUCUUGAAAAACCUAGGAUUACUGUAAGCUUGUAAAUGGAACAAGGAUACUUGGGCAAUCAAUGUAAAUGUUUAAAGUCUUGUAAAUACAUUUCUAAUAAAAAUAAAGAAACUACUUCAAUGACUU